AUGAUUUCUGUCCCCGCUGCAUACUGGCUCUACCACUUACUUUCUCCGCGGUACCGGGAUGCGGCCGAUUCUGAUAUCAUCGCUUUUUCUUGUUUCUUCGCGGGGGCUGCCUUCUGUCUUGGCAUGUCCGCAACCUAUCACACCAUCUCAAACCAUUCACCUGUGGUUGCACGCAUUGGAAAUUCCCUCGACUAUAUCGGUAUCGUGGGACUCAUUGUGGGAAGCUUUGUACCUAGUGUCUUCUACGGAUUUUACUGUGUACCCGAUCUGCAGCACAGGUACUGGACCAUGAUCUGUACCAUUGGACUAGGCUGCGUGAUUGUAUCCGCUUCUCCCCGGUUCCGCACCCCUCGUUGGCGGCCUUUCCGCGCCACCAUGUUUGUUGGGAUGGGCUUGUCUGCUAUCUUCCCCGUACUCCAUGGGGUUUCCAUCUUCGGACUUGACCGCAUGAGACAACAGAUUGGUCUAAACUGGCUCGUUUUCCAGGGCUUCUUGUAUAUCCUUGGAGCCGGGAUCUAUGCGGCCCGAGUACCUGAACGACUCAUGCCCGGGAAAUUCGACAUUGUGGGGAGUUCGCAUCAAAUCUUCCACGUGCUAGUGGUCUGCGCAGCAGUAGCUCACCUGACAGGGUUGCUGAAGGCAUUCGAUUAUCGGCACAGCGGGGUUGCCGAGACCUGUCAGAUUCCACGCGGCUGA